CAGAAGAACUUGUUAGCAGUCAUGAAUUAGCACUUCUGUGAUGAAUGAUAUUCUUACGGCUUUUUUGCUGUUUCACAGAAGUAUUUGAGUUGUUUAAUUACAGUCUGGUAUAUAUGUUAUAUUCACAUGAGUUUCUACUUAAUCUUCUCCAAAAGCACUUCAAGCAAAAAAGACAAAUCAAUCAAAUUCAUUCGCUUCUAAUCACAAGCUGUCACUUGUUUUUAAAACCCUCGUCCCAACCUUCAAAAUGGAUAAAAACACUUCUCUACAACACCUUAAUAAGAGCGCAUCUUAAUUUUGGUAAUCCUUAUAAAUCCUUACUUCUUUUUACUUCUAUGCUUUCUCAUCAAGCGCCACCAAAUAAUCACACUUUUCCUUCUGUAAUCAAAGCUAUUUCCUCUUCACCCACUUUUGCUUCAUUCUUAGGUAGACCUAUUCAUAACCAAGCUAUCAAACGUGGGUUAUUGUUUGAUCCAUUUGUUCAUGCUUCAUUUGUCAGUUUCUAUGCGCAAUUUGGACAUCUUCAAGAGGCACAAAAGGUGUUCGAAGAAAUACCCGAACCGUGCAUGGUUACAACAAAUGCAAUGCUUGAUGCUUACGGAAAAAAUGGUGAAAUGGAAUCUGCUGUUUUACUCUUUGAAAAGAUGUCUGAACGUGACGUGUUUUCUUGGACAAGUGUCAUUAACGGAUUUGGAAAAUGUGAGUGUUUUAAUGAGGCAAUGUGGUUUUUUAAGAAGAUGCUGGCGCAUGAAGAUGUGAUUGAUUGUGAUGUGAGUCCUGGUGAAGCUACAUUUGUUUCUGUUCUUUGCUCAUGUUCGAAUUUGGAUGGAGGUGGAUGUCUUUAUCAAGGAAAGCAGAUCCAUGGUUACAUUGUUAAGAAUGGGAUCGAGUUGACUGCUUUUCUAGGAACAGCUUUGAUUUCUAUGUAUGGUAAAACAGGUUGCAUGGACAGUGCUUUUGAAGUUUUCAAUGGAAUGUCAGAUAAAAAAGUGUGCACUUGGAAUGCACUAAUGUCUUCCUUGGCUUGUAAUGGUAGAGAGAAAGAGACUUUAAGUAUGUUUGAGAAGAUGAGAGUAGAAGGAUUUCACCCAAAUGAGAUAACAUUUGUUGCUCUUCUUACAGCUUGCGCUCGAGCCGGGCUCGUGGAAUUGGGAUUAAAAUGGUAUCAGGCUAUGUUGCCUGAUUUUAGGGUUAUUCCAAGGAUGGAACACUAUGGGUGUGUAGUUGAUCUUUUGGGAAGAGCAGGUUUAUUGGCAGAAGCAGAGGAGUUUGUAAAAAGUAUGCCUUUUCAGCCCGAUGCAACUGUUUUAGGGGCUCUUUUGGGUGCCUGUAGGGUUCAUGCGAAUGUCGAUUUGGCAGAUUCGGUGGGGAGAAGGUUGCUUACGUUGCAACCACAACAUAGUGGGAGAUACGUCGUGCUAUCAAACAUUUAUGCAGAAGCAGGUAAAUGGGACCAUGCUUCUAAGAUAAGAAAAGCCAUGGUAGAUGGGAGGAUAAGGAAAACUCCUGCCCAAAGUUGUGUCGAACGUUUUUAUUGAAAAAUGAUUGCCAAUUA